GGGCCAUCGCAGCCGCGCGCAAAGAGGCCGAGCGGGAGCACGGACCGCGCGGGACCAGAAUAAUUUGUGCUUCCCUUAUACACCUGUGUGUGGAGUCAUCUGCAGAAGCAUGAUGGACCUAUCAGAGGUCACACCCUUAAAGAAGAUGAACUCACCAUCCCUUGGAAGCCAUCAUUGUCCUCUCUGCAGGUACUUUGUGCUCUGCUGAGUCUGGUGUACCCAGGGCUCCUUUUCUCAUCUGGAUGGAUGCCUAAUACAGAGACCUCUUUCUUCUACCUAUGGGAAUAAGCACCUGAAUGCUCAUCAGCACAGCAGGACCCCCAAGACCUGGCUGGAAGAUACCACCUCUCCUCACCUCUGCCCUUCCGACAGACUGUUCUGCGAUGACCACAGCAAGGUACCGGCCCACCUGGGACCUGGCCCUCGACCCACUGGUGUCCUGCAAGCUGUGCCUCGGGGAGUAUCCAGCGGAGCAGAUGACAACCAUCGCCCAGUGCCAGUGUAUCUUCUGUACCCUGUGCCUGAAACAGUAUGUUGAGCUCUUGAUCAAAGAAGGGCUAGAAACUGCAAUUAGCUGCCCGGAUGCUGCCUGUCCUAAGCAGGGCCACCUUCAGGAGAAUGAGAUUGAGUGUAUGGUUGCAGCUGAAAUUAUGCAGAGAUACAAAAAGCUACAAUUUGAGAGAGAGGUGCUCUUUGACCCUUGUCGGACGUGGUGCCCAGCAUCCACCUGCCAGGCCGUGUGCCAACUCCAGGACAUAGGGCUGCAGACCCCACAGCUGGUGCAGUGCAAAGCCUGCAACAUGGAAUUCUGCUCUGCUUGCAAAGCCCGCUGGCACCCUGGCCAAGGCUGCCCAGAGACCAUGCCCAUCACAUUCCUUCCCGGGGAGACCAGCUCUGCUUUCAAGAUGGAAGAGGGCGACGCGCCCAUCAAACGCUGCCCCAAGUGCAGGGUGUACAUCGAGCGGGAUGAGGGCUGCGCACAGAUGAUGUGUAAGAACUGCAAGCAUGCCUUCUGCUGGUACUGCCUGGAGUCUCUGGACGAUGAUUUCCUUCUGAUACAUUAUGACAAGGGGCCCUGCCGCAACAAACUGGGCCACUCCCGAGCCUCGGUGAUCUGGCAUAGGACACAGGUGGUGGGAAUUUUUGCUGGAUUUGGGCUCCUGCUCUUAGUGGCCUCCCCUUUCCUGCUCCUGGCCACGCCCUUUGUGCUUUGCUGCAAAUGCAAAUGCAGUAAAGGUGAUGAUGACCCAUUGCCCACCUAGAGCAUAGUUACCACGAUGCUGGACCAGAUCCCUUCCUCGGGACGUGUGGCUCCCCUAUCCCCCAUCACCCCCUCACUAAACAUGUCUUUUGCCUUAUGUGCCCCACUGAGCUUCAGAGUCCGGCUUGCUGCAGAGAUUUCAGGGAUGACGGCAGCGAGUGGGCAGAGGCCCAGGUGUGGUCUCCUGGGCGCUGCUGAGGCAAGGGAGGCAGAAGUGGGUAGGGCCAUCCCACAGAUUCGUUCUGUGGCUGCAAACCUGGCCGGGGUUGUCAUCAGCUGCACAUCAGGCAGUUUCCUUAGCCUGGCCGUAGACUGGAAAUGUCCAGUUUAUGAGACCCACUUGGACAAAGGGACACCUUGGCUUCGAGAUGGCACCGUGUUGUCAGUAGAAGUCUUUAAGGAUUAGGACUCUCUUCAGCCAGCACCUGAAUAUCCGACUUGAGAAAACCACCCUGUUUGUGACAACUGUUUUUAUUCCUAAAGGCAUUUAGUAAAAUCCUUUUUAGAAGGCUUUUCCCCCCUGUCAAAUGAGUAGUGAAAAUCAAUACGGUGCGUAUAAACCAUCCUAUGCCUUUUUUCGAAAUGUGCAUUUUAUGAAGUUAUAGAUAAAUCUUUUCUGGCCUGACCAUUUUUUCAGGAGCUACAGAAAGCCUUAUGCACACUCUGUGUUUUUCUUGGAACCUGCUGUAAUCAGUUUUUGAAUGCUGUGAGCUGUGUACUGUUACCCACACGGGCCCCAUGUCAUUGCAUUUCUUUGAAAACACUGCUACAUUUGAAGGAUCAUCUCUAGCUUUAUACCAUGACCCUCUGCCCCAGUUCAGCUCACAGGGCACAUUCCCUUCAGGCCUCUUUCUCCCAGAUGGCAUCAGAUGCCUUCGAGUAUCUUUAAACCAGAUGUUUUCCUCUGAACUAAUUUUACUCCAAGUGACUCUGUUUGGAUUUCUUGCCCAACUCUUUAGGCAGGCAGCAAGGAGACAGUGCCAUUUAUCCCUGGGGAACUCUUGGAGGCUGGGGUGGAGCUUUCUGAAGCUUCUGCAUUGUUCAAAUGCUUUAGGUAAUUUGAAAAAUCAUGUGACUCCCAUAGUCUGAACCCUGUAGUUGACCAGUUUGUUCUUGCUAGGAAAAAAAGGAGAGAGAAAGAAAGGAAGGAAGGAAGGAAGGAAGGAAGGAAGGAAGGAAGGAAGGAAGGAAGGAACCCUUCUGUUUCACUUAAUUUUUCUGAUAAGCAGAGUUUGUGAAUUGAUCCUUCUCUGGGCUAAGUGACAGUUUCCAUAUCAACAAAGAGCAAGAUAAGAAGAAGACACGGGUAUUCCACAAAUUGUCUCUGAAAAUAGGAAGCAGUGCUUUCUCUCAGAAUUGGCUUUCCGAGUUCAGUAUGCUUCCCAGGAGCAGGCUAGAGAUGUAGAGAUUUUGGGAGGGGGUGGCUGAUCUGAGGCUUAUUAAGCAUCCCACAAAGACAGAGACUUCUUAUCUUAGCCUUUUGUCUACUGCAGGCACAUCCUUCGUGGCUGUCUGUGUGACUCUGCAUUUAUGGGUCAAUGUUAAGCCCUAACAGACACUCCCUGCAGAGCAAUGACUUCAUUUUCUUUAUUUUUAAUUGUCAGUGAGUAACUGAGGUAAAAACAGAACCACUGGUCUCUCACCCUCUGGUACUGAUUUUCUUUAUUAAGCUAAAGUCAUUUAGAAUCUCAGUCCUCAUCAAAACCACAUUCAAAAAGCCCCCCUGGUAGUUGCAAAUUACCGGGUGUGACUUCUGGGUGUAGCCUUGGCCUUGAGCCUCUGUGGUCAGAAACUGGUCAGUAGCUGAGAUUUGAGACCUCAAGCCUGCAAUUUAUAUGAGAAACUAUCCAGCCACCACCUCUUAAAAUGCCUGUGAGGAAUCUCAGGAUUCUUGGUUCCUGGUUCCUUUCUGCCUUGCCUUGAUUACUGCUGCCUGAUUUGUUCAGUGACAUUCUGUCCUUGUAGGGGGGAGGGCAGGUGACUGCAGCUCAGGCUCCUUACUCAAAGAUGAGGUCACCUUAUGUCUGGGAGACUUCUCUGGAUGUUCACACAGCUGUGUAACCCCACCUAUGCUCACACAGCAGCCUACAGUGGGCCUAUUAAGCACAUGGCUGGACACAGAUGGGAACCAUAGGGACACCAGGGCCAACCCAGUGUGGUCAGAGUAUCCUGUCUGCCCUGAGUCUAUGUAUCAAGCACACUUGCUCAGUUGGCUUUAGUAAUGAAACCUAACUUGUCCAUUCCCUACAGAAACACCAGCAAGAUCACAUUGAAAUAUAUAAACUCGUGUUUUCUCCCUGUGGGAGUCCCUUUAGUAGAGGCUACCACCUGCAUUUAUUGUGGCCAUUCAGCCUUGAGCCACGUGUGAUGUGAAAUGCACAUGGAAGAGCAGAGGUGGCCCCAGGUGCAGCUGGUCUUUCUGUCAGUCCUAAGAAGCCUGAGGGGCUCUGUGAUCCUUCACAGCCUCAUUUCUGUGCUCAGUGUGGUUCCCUAGAACUGAAAAUGGAGUUCCCUGAGACAGACUGUUUUCCUGAUGGAAGAAGAGCUGGCCUUGUGGAGAAGGCCCUUCGUGAUAGGCCAUGGAGCUGUUCAGUAUGGCUUUAUGAAGCACUGGCUGGUCUGUGAGUUAUCCCAGAUGACCAUGCUAUAGAGUCUUACUGGGUGUCCUUGUCUCUGCCAACUGAGUCCUGUACCUGUGUCCUAUGUGGCAAGGCAUCACCCAGGGUGAUGCCUGUAGAGGCUGUCGUGAUAGGUGUUCAUGGAGGACCGGGUGACAGCUCCUUGCAGGGGCAGAGAUUUGGAUUCCAUGAGUUACAGCAGACCUCAUUACCUAGGAGUAGCUCAGACUGUAGAAACAACAUUUAUCCACCCACUCCAUCCCUGCUUCCGUACCUAUCUUGAGGAGAACAAAUACUCCCUAUAGUGUAUUAUCCCAUAAAGCAGAUGGGAGACUCUGGCCAGUUCCCCACUGAACACAGUGCACAUGGGAGGAAUGAUAAUCAGGCUGGAAAAACUGGCUUCUAGGUGAAUUUAUCUUUUCCAUUAGAGUUUAAAAGGGGAAAGGUUAUUUUAUGAAUUAGAAAAGUUUCCCUUGGUAGUCUUUAACUAUUAAGGGAUUGGAGAAAAACAGGGAGGACUUAUUUUGUAUACUUCCCAGAUUUCCACUGAUUAAUAAAUGUACCUGUGAAUAUAUAUAUGUAAAUCACAAUGAAAUUAUCAAGGGAAACCGUUUUGCAUGUAUGCCAUUUUAUGAAGGUUUCCUUAAAGAAAAUAAAUACCAAAGCUUGUUUCACCCCUCACAAUGAACCUAAACCUUAGGAAGUUAAAUGAGGUGAAGAAAUUUGGCUGCUGCCAAAAACUUAACCAGGAUGGAAGGGCUUAUGUUCAAAUAAUUAUUGAUGCCCUCUGACUAGGGGAACCCACCCUUUUGGUAGUCAAAACCCCAUGGUCUCCAGCCUUCCUGACUUGUAUAAUCCUGUCUUCCACGAUCCCAGGGCCCUUCAGUUAGGUGUAGCUGUGUGCCACGUGCCUGACCGUUCUUUUAUACUUUGCUUACUUUGCCUUGGGUGUAUUUUAAUCUUGUAUAAAACACAUGCAUGUGUCAGUCAUGCGCACGCGCACAUGAAUACAUUCUGUAUUUGACGAGUGGUGGUAAGACCAGACAAACAAAACAGAAGAGAAUUGCAUUUGUGGUUUUGCAAUGUGAGUACACUUUGUACCACUAACACUGUGAUGUAUAAGAGCUGUCUGAAUGCCUUUUCAUGUUGUGAUUUGUACUUUGGAAUCCUAUGGAAACAUUUGAUUUAUAUUCUCAAUACAUAUUUUAAAUGUAUUGUGUCUUAUGUAGUCUGUCUCCCCUUUCAAAGGGAUAUCUUUUUAAAGGUAUUUUGGCUGGAAUACAGGUGAUUAUUUUGUAAA